UCCACACUGAACUAACGAGUCUCCAAAGCAGCCAAAAAAUCCUAAAACCACACCACAAGAAAACCCCUCUUCGAUCCAAAAUCCAAUCUUACAUCUCAAAAGUUUUAAUCUGUUUCUAGUCCCAAUCAAACGAUCAUUCACCCACUACAUUGAGAGAGAGGGGGAGAGAGAGCAACAAGCAAGCAGUGAAUGCAAUGAAGCUAAAUUGGAUGCACUGGUUCAAUCACAAGCACAAGCAUUUGGUAGUGAAGUUUGGAGUUGCAAUUCUUCUGAUGGGUCUUGCUUUUCGUCUCCUUCUCUCCACCUCCAAUAGGUUCUCGCCCAAAUUAGAAGCCCCUUUUCCUGAGAAAACUGCGGAUUCAGAGCAGCCAAUUGCUGUGCAGUUUCCACAAAACGAAGAUCACGAUGAGAUACCUUUUCCUGGAAAAGAAACACAAUUUCCCGAGAAAGAAACCCAUUUUCCUGAGAAAACUGUGGAUUCAGAGCCGCCAAUAUCUGGGCUAGUUCCAGAAGAUGGUGAUCAGGACCAGAUAGCUCCAUCAAAUGGAAAGUGUGAUAUUUUCAUUGGGGAUUGGAUUCCAAGUACUUCGGGUGCAGCUUACAAUGAGAGCUGCCCCACGAUUGAAAACCCUCAGAAUUGCAUAAGGAAUGGACGGCCUGAUACAGGGUAUCUGUACUGGAAGUGGAAGCCACGAUACUGUGAUAUACCAAAAUUUGAUCCAGGGAGAUUCCUUGAAAUGAUGAGGAAUAAAUCAUGGGCGUUGAUUGGUGAUUCGAUAUCUCGCAACCAUAUCCAGUCGUUGCUGUGCAUGCUCUCAACAGUUGAACAAGCCGUCCAAGUGUACCAUGACAAGGAUUACAGGUCCAGAAGAUGGCACUUCCCGUCUUACAAUUUUAGCGUCGCAGUUGUUUGGUCCCCAUACCUUGUCGAAGCUGCUAUUUUUGAAGACUUUGAUGGUGUGGCAUCAUCUGAAGUUGAGCUGCAUCUUGACAAGCUUGAUAAGAAAUGGGUGGAUGAGUACCAUGGUUGGGACUACAUGGUAAUUUCAACAGGGAAAUGGUUUCUCAAAACUGCAAUCUACUACGAGGGCAAUGAAGUUCUGGGAUGCCAUUACUGUCCUAAAAGGAAUCUGACAGAGUUGGGGUUUGAUUUUUCUUAUCGCAAAGCCCUGAGCUUUGUGAUGAACUUUAUAGUAAAGUCAGAUUACAAGGGCACAAUCUUUUUUAGAACAUCCACGCCUGAUCACUUUGAGGGCGGGGAGUGGAAUACUGGGGGAAAUUGCAACAGAACGGCCCCAGCUAAAGAAGGUGAGGUUGAAGUGAAGGAAGUAAAUAAGAUUCUGCGUAACAUUGAACUAGAGGAGUUUCAGAAGGCAGCUGCAGAAGCUUCUAAACAUGGGGUGAAUCUCAAACUCCUUGACCUUUUCCAACUUUCUUUGUUGAGGCCUGAUGGACAUCCAGGUCCAUAUAGAAAGUAUCAUCCAUUUGAACAAGGCAAAGACGCGAAGCUUCAGACUGAUUGUUUGCAUUGGUGCUUACCAGGACCUAUAGAAUCUUGGAAUGAUAUAUUAAUGGAGAUGAUAGUAAAUGGCUAAGAAAAUCAGCCUACUUCGCUGCCGGAAUUCUUAUUUUCCCUUCUAGAUCAUGAGAGAGCAUAUAAUGGAUCCUGGUAAAGUUUUUUGCAGAAGUUUCAGAUGAAUCGUAAAUUCCAUUCCUGCCUUGCGUAUAUCACAAUUCUUCAUUCUUCUCCGGAUGAACCGGUUCAUCUUUGCCACGACUGCAUCUUUACCAGUGUCUACUGUCCACUGACCUGUCAUCUAGAUCCUCAUCUGUAGUUACAAAGAAAAGAACACUGCAAACAGAUCAUCAUCUACCGUGUGGGGGCUUAAAGAUCUACCAAUAGAGAGCAGUUACCUGCACACCCUCCAUCGAGCACAGCCGCAACCUAGGUCAUUAUUAUAUUCUAUAAACUUGUAACUUUAUAAUCUUGUUUCAGAAACCUGUUUUUUUUUUUUCUUCUUCUAAUUUAAUUUCAUUGUUAUUUCCCUAAAACAAGUCAUAUGGUACUUUAUCUGCAAUAAAUAUGAAGGAUCAUACAAUUUUUUAUGCAAA